GGGGGGUGCCGAGGACAUGAGGUGGAGGAUGUGGACCUGGAGCUGUUUAAUACAUCUGUGCAGCUGCGGCCCCCAGGCACAGCCCCAGGUCCAGAAACAGCAGCCUUCAUUGAGCGCCUAGAGAUGGAGCAGGCCCAGAAGGCCAAGAACCCCCAGGAGCAGAAGUCCUUUUUUGCCAAAUAUUGGAUGUACAUCAUUCCUGUUGUCCUGUUCCUCAUGAUGUCGGGAGCACCAGACGCCGGGGGCCAGAGUGGCGGUGGGAGUGGGGGUGGCAGCGGGGGUAGUGGCCGGUAAGCAGCACACCCUCUUUACCCAAGGACUUCCUUUACCCAUUCUC